CGUUUGCGACGGAGGUCCACUACGGCGACGAGAACCCUACCGUUCAUUCUACGCUUGACGCUUCUCGUCCGACAGCCCAACAUGGCGCCUAAGCCUCGGGUUUUAAUUAUCGGCGGUGGCUUCGCGGGUGUCACCCUAGCAAAGAAGGCCAGCGCGUUCGCCGAUGUCACCCUCGUUGACUCGAAAAGCUAUUUCGAACUGACAUGGACCACCGUCCGCGGCAUUGUGGACCCCGAAGUUGCAUCGCGGAGUGCCAUCAGCUACAAGGACAUUCCCGGCAUGGGGCGAUUCGUCCAGGCCACAGUCACAAGCCUCUCCGCCAAGUCUGCUGUGCUGAGCAAUGGAGAAACGCUGUCGUUCGACUACGCCGCCCUGGCCACCGGCUCCUCCUACAGCGACACCGCAUUCAAAUCCACCGCCUCCUCCAGCCGCGAGCAGCGACUGGCGGAGCUGAAGGCGCUCACGGAGGACAUCAAGGCCUCCAAGUCCAUUGUGGUGGUGGGCGGCGGCCCCGCGGGUGUGGAGGUGGCGGCCGAGAUUGUUGAGGCGCACGCCGGCAAGCAGGUGACGCUGGUGCAUCCGGGGGCGCAGCUGCUGAACGGCACGCCGCCCAAGGCCGGCGCCGCCGCCAAGAAGUGGCUGGAGUCGCACCGCGUCACGGUGCUGCUCAACACCUCGGUGCAGGGCAAACCCGAGGGCCGCGGCCCCGUCAGCCUGACCCUGGACGGCAAGGAGGGUCGCACGCUGGCGGCGGACGUGGUGCUGUGGUGCGCCGGCGCCCGCCCCAACACCGCCUUCCUGCAGGGCGGCGAGCUGGCGGGCUGCCUGGACGAGCGCGGCGCCGUCAAGGUGCUGCCCAGCCUGCAGGUGGAGGGCCACCCGCACAUGUUCGCGCUGGGGGACGUCAACAACGUGCCCGAGGCCAAGCUGGGCUAUCUGGCCACGGAGCAUGGCAAGCUGGUGGCAGUGAGCCUCAAGGCCCUGAUCUCCGCCAAGCCCGGUGCCUCCCCCAAGCUGGGCGCAUGGAAGCCCGGCAUGGGCAACCAAGUGAUGAUUGUGUCGCUGGGCCGCGGCGACGGCGUGUGCCGCAUGAACGGCAACGUGUGCGGCGGCUGCCUGCCCGCCAGCAUCAAGUCCAAGGGGCUGUUCGUAGACGACUACCGCAAGCAGCUGGGCGUGUGAGGAUAACGACGGGCGGGAGGCGGCGGGGCGCGUGUGAGGAUGAUGCGGGCGGUGUGGAGGGGGCUGGAGGGGGUCUGAGCGGCGGGUUGUCUGUGGCCGUGGAUGGGGCAGCGCUAUGGCAGCUAUCUAUGGGGCUGCACCUCCUGCUGACUGGGCCUGUACAUACGUGACUCGAACAAACAUACUUAUUAUUAGAUUUAUGAAUGCGGCGUUACGUGGCGUGCCGUGAGCCGCAUUUGCGUGGCGGUGCGAUGAUGGACAGCGGGGGACCAGGUGGUUGGGGGGAGGGAUCGAAGUCAUACUUCCUGUGCCAAACAUGAAUUAUGUGUGUCAUGGGAAACCUUGUUCGUAAGCUCGUUGCACACUUGUGCUCGGAGGUUCAGGAGGAGGUGCGUGAGGCGUGAGACCUUAUCCUUCCGGUCGAAUACCGGUAGCUAGACACGAUACUCGUCCACGAGAUAACUCAGCGGCUGUGACGUUAUGCAAUAAAAGGUAGGUGUUGCGCAGUGGGGGUGCCGGACCGGCACUUGCUCGAGUCCGCCUGCGGGCUCAGCCUGUAAACUACGGUACCGCGC